UCAUUUCAAACAAUCACCUCAAGCUUUAUAUUGCACUUCUCCAAAGUAUAUAGAACGCCAAAAUUCCUCAAACCUGGUAAUAACAAUGUGGGUGAAACUUGAGGGAAAACCAGAUUUUGAAGAGGUCGUCGAAAAAUCUGAUUAUCAAAAUAAUAAUCCAAACGUACACAACCUCAAGACUCUUCUUCGCAAGAGGAUCAAAAUCCUUAAAGAUAUUCAAGAACGCGAUAUCGAGCUUUUCGCAUUCUCGAGUCCAACUGAUACAAAAUUUAUCCCGGCGGAUACCACUCUUGAAUCCCUAGAUGUAAAAAGCUCUACCAAAAUCCUUGCUCGAUACCCGCUCUCAAAUUUGAGUAUUAAAGUGAAUCUCAGGUUUUACCGCACCACGGCCGAAUGUGUAAUUCCACAUUCUAGUGGUUCUCUGAGUUUAUUACGAGAGGCCGGCGAGUUGAAAAAGAAAAUUGACAGUGAAUUUCAUUUCAACAUUAUUGUGAAUAAUACCAAGCCAAACGAUCAAAACGAGCGUAUUCUCGACCUCAAAGUUCAAAUAAAAGGCCAAAAGGCGUACGGGGAGUGGAAAAUGAGCGAGGUCGCCAAACUUUACAAUAAUGCAUUUAAGUCUAGUGAAACGAUGGCGAAAUUCUCCAUAGAUGAUCUUCCAGAAUCGUCUCCACCCCUGACUAGUGAAGAUUUGGAAAGCUUUAUCAAUCAACUCAAACAGAAGUUGUUUGCAUUCCAAGCGGUUACCACCAACGAGGCCACAGCUCGUGAAUUCAUUUCCAUCUUUAUGACAUGGGCAACUAGUCAUGUCAGAAAAAACAAUGACAACACGACACAAUUAGCGGUAGAAGUUGACCUUGAUGGGACCCGUGGAUAUGGCAGUGUGGAUAUGGAAACUUUAUACAAUACCUUUUGA